CCUCACAGCAUGCUUUUAAAAAAUGGCGUCGAAAACAUUUCAAACUUGCACGAGGUGUUUGUCACUUCUUUCUACAACAUAUAGAUCAUCAAUACAUAGACCAUUACAUGCAGUUUUAGCUUCAAAACAAAAACUCGAAUACUUCAGGAAUUUUGAUGAUAUAAGAAACCGCUGGAGUUUGAAGCAUUUUCAUACAUCACUGCAAAUUUGUCAGAAAGACUUUUAUAAAAUACUUGGGAUAUCAAGAAGUGCUUCAGCAAAAGAGAUAAAGAAAGCUUACUUUGAUCUUGCAAAGAAAUACCAUCCUGACACUAAUAAAUCAGCAAGUGCUGCAGAGAAAUUUCAGGAAAUCAGCGAAGCAUAUGAGGUAUUAAGUGAUGAAAACAAGCGAAGAACAUAUGAUAAUUAUGGACAGAGUAACUUUUCUGGUAGUGGUGCUGGCAAUCCAUUUAGUGGAGGUGGUUCUUUUGGAGGAAUGAAUCCUGAAGAUAUUCUCAAAUCAUUUUUUGGUGGCAAUACAGGGCCAUUUGGAGCAACUGGAGCAAAUUUCUCUUCUAGAGGGUUUCAAGAAACAGCACAGUAUUCACUCAGAUUGAGCUUUAUGGAAGCUGUAAAAGGAGUCAAUAAAGAAAUGCCUGUUCGAACAAGAGUGACAUGUAAUCAUUGUAAUGGCUCUGGAGCUGAGCCUGGAACCUCUCUUUCUAAAUGCCCUGCAUGUAAUGGUUCUGGUGAGGAGACUAUAAGUACGGGCUUCUUUCACAUGCGAUCCACUUGUCGUCGUUGUGGUGGAAGUGGAUAUGUUAUAAAGAUUCCAUGUAGAAAAUGUAAUGGAGCUGGAAGCAUUAUGGAAACACGGAAGAUAACUGUACCUGUUCCUGCAGGAAUUGAGAAUGGUCAGACUGUAAGAAUGCCAAUGGGUGGAAAUGAAAUAUUUAUAACAUUUAAGGUGGAUAAUAGUAAACUGUUUGAGCGUGAUGGAGCGAAUGUCCAUUCUACCGUAUCAAUUAGCUAUACUCAAGCAAUUUUGGGAGGUUCAAUUAGAGUUCCAGGAUUACAUGGCGAUGUAGAUAUUAAGAUCCCUACUGGAACUCAAUCACAACAGAAAGUUCGUCUUUCAGGAAAGGGAAUUCAAAGAUUAAACAGUAUUGGGAAGGGUGAUCAUUUUGUUCAUUUUUCCAUCAAUAUUCCAAGAUACUUAACAGAAAAACAAAGAGCUUUAAUUACUGCCUUGGCAGAACUGGAUGAAGACCUUAAGGGCUCUGUGAAUGGUCUGGAUAAAAAUAAUGCCAGAAAAGGAAACUUUGAGGGCUCUUCUUGGGAAUCGUUCAGAAAUCGAGCCAAUCACUUCGGUGAUAAAAUUAAACAAGAUGUGAAAAAUGAUAUGAAAUUUGGUGACGAAAGCGUUGAUAGAAACGACAUUCUUGAUCAAUCCAAUGAUAAAGCAACAAGGACGGCUUUGUUUAUUGCUUUUCUUCUCAGUACUGGCAUAUUUGCGGGAAUUUUAUUUUCUUCCAAAUAACGCAAUUGCUGCAUAAAAUUAUUUUGAUACGCAUUUUUAAAAGUGAAAUGAUAAUUUUUAUUCAUACUAGUACAAAUACGAGUAUAUUAUAUUAUGGGAUCUUCGCGGUUUCCCUGUUACGUUUUUGAACGUAA